GUAGGUGAAUACAACAUUCGUUGUUGACAUUCGUUGUAUUUCAUGGCCUAAAAAGUGCUUGUAUUACAAGAUUCAACAGAUAUCUGAUAAAUUGUGGUGGGAUAUAUUCUAUCAGUGGAAUGUGAUAUGUCAUUCUGGUGUUUUGCCAUGGACUCAAAUCCACGGGUAUCUUCACUGAAUCAUUCCUCAAGAUAAAGGAUGGAGGAAAUAUGGUUUAACUAGGAAAACUUGUCAUGGACCUCGAGUUGUUUCUCAUCAACAUAAAAACCUGUAGCAGAAUAUCAUCAGAUAUUUACCAGAUAGAAUAUUACUUGUUUCUGUCUUGAUGGGAUACAACUCUCAGAGUAGGUCAGUAUGGAGCAAAGUAGGGAAAACAGGGAACACAGGAGAAAGCGUGCGCCCUUUCAAGAUGGAACAGCAGAAGAUGGACCAGACAAUGAUCAUUCUCUCCCGAAUUCUUCAGUGGUUAAUAGCCUGGAUGCUGAGGAAUCCCUUGGAGAAAACAAUGGAUCCAAUGCUAAUAAAAUUUCGGGCCCUGGUCCACCAUGUAAAGAAGCUUUGGACAGGGACACGGCAACUGUAGAUACCAGAAGCCAGCAUCAAAGCCAGAAAACAGACAUUGCAGUUCAUAAAACACAUGAUCCAACUUCCCUAGGAGAUGAUGAUUCAUCCAGUAUAGGGCAACACAGGGAAUCCAGUAGCACAGAGACCGGCCGAGAGGAUCUGUCACAAGUGUUCCCUAGACCAGCCAGUCUUGACAGUACACAACACCCUAUUGCUGAGGCUGUGGCACAUACUGCAUCAGCUGCUGAAGACCAAACUGAGGCCGGUCCAAGUCUGUCCAGUUCUAGUGAUGUUGAAGACACAUGUGAUCCAUGUGAAGAAAAUGUCAACAAUGUUUGUGAUAAAGACAAAACUUUACAGCCAGUCAAAGGAUCAACAUUUCAAAAUGAAUUGUACAGAAAUGAAAAGGGGGAUGAAAUAUAUUCUGAUUCAAGUCAUGUUAUUGAUUUGGAAAGUUGUCCAGAUCUGGACUUGCCAGAAUUGCGUAUUCAACGAUGUGAAUGGCCAGGCCAACCAGUCCAAGGGCUUAUCAGUGAGAGAGAGAUCCCCCUUCUCCAAGAAAGUGAACACAUAGAACAGGAGUCUUUCAAUGAUAUACAUUCACUCGAGCACGACAGUGGCUGGAAUGAGAAAAAUAUCUCUAUUGAUCAUAUAGUUAAUUCAAUUCAUUGGUCCUCUCCCAUAUCUCAGACAUCUGGAAUUGAAAAUCAUUUUGAUAUGUCAGCCACCAGUGUUCAUUCAUUAAACUUGAUUCAUUCAUCUAGUGAAAGUGGAGAUGAAAAACUUGAUCUACAAUCUCUGGAGCAGAGGAAUGUGUUACAGGACCUAAACAAUGCUGAAAAUGAACCCCUCCUAUCACAAACAAAUCGGUGUGAUGAUUCCUUACCAACUAGGGAUUUCAGUGUAUCUGACUCUGUUCAGAAUAAAUCUGAAACUGGCAUUUCACAUCAUGAGAGGAUCAAAGAUGUCUUACAUGAGGAGAUAUUUGAUAGUGGGGUUUUGAGUAACCCACAAAGUAUCGGUGAUGACCAUUCAGUAUACGUGUACAAUUCCAGCUUCCUCUCCAGUUUUUCAAGUUCUCCAUCUUUCUUGUCGAUAAGGAGAGAACUGAUCAUGUAUGAUCUAGGCAAAUCACAAAAUGAAGAAAAGGCGACAUAUAAUUUUAAUGAAGAAAGAGAUACAUCUGAUACAUUUUUAAAUUCCCAACAUGAGUUCAAAGAAAGCAAAGACAGAAGUUCCUCUCACUUGGUUACAAAUGCAAGUGAAUCAUUUGAAGAUCAUAACACUUCUGACUACUAUAACACUUCUGAAGACCAUUACACUUCUGAAGUCCAUUACACUUCUGAAGACCAUUACACUUCUGACGACUGUAGCACUUCUGACUGCUAUAACACUUCUGACGACUGUAUCACUUCACAGAGGAACUUAUCAGAUGACAAUAAGAAAUUAUUGCAAACUAACUGUAACACUGUUAGUAACAUUUCCUUCUCCAAUAAUAGAGUUCAUCAUAUAUUGUUUUACAUCAUCCAUAAAACUUCUAGUCAGAAAACCAUCAUCACAUUCCAUGAUCUAGAGGUCACACAAGAUCCCCAAAGGAGACCAUUGUGUACACUAAGAAGUGUCGCGUGUAACUUUCACAGAGGUCAGUGGUUACUGCACCACUUGGAACGACUUGGAUUGUUGACUUUUCAUGAAAUUGCUCCAAUGGUUGUUAUCGUGGAACCAGCUUUACAUGGGCUUGGUCGCUACUUCCAACAGAUGGAGCAAGGACAACAGAUCACUGUACUGGAGAGCAUGCAGUAUGAAUGGAUGCGUGUAAGGAGCUUCUGGUCCUUUCCCAGAAAUGCUGGAGUGUCCUACCUAUAUUUGGCAAGGAUAGGGUUUUUCUACACGGGUAGAGUGUCGGAGACCUGCUGCUAUAGCUGUGGACAGAUCUACAGAGAAUGGAGGGAGGGAGAUAACCCACUAGAAAUUCACCGACGGAUAUCUCCACAUUGUCUGCACCUCAAUGACGGUGAUGCUCGAAAUAUGCCCAUCUAUGCAGAUGUCAUUAACCAGUGGCCUGCCAUACCAUGGGAACCGCUUUUGGAGGAGGCAGCAAGACCACCAGUUGAUGAGGAGCCUGCUGACCUACCCGAAGCAGAAGCUUUGGACAGGGACACUGCAACUGUAGAUACCAGAAGCCAGCAUCCAAGCCAGAAAACAAACAUUGCAGUUCAUAAAACACAUGAUCCAACUUCCCUAGGAGAUGAUGCUUCAUCCAGUAUAGGGCAACACAGGGAAUCCAGUAGCACAGAGAUCGGCCGAGAGGAUCUGUCACAAGUGUUACCUAGACUAGCCAGUCUUGACAGUACACCACACCCUAUUGCUGAGGCUGUGGCACAUACUGCAUCAGCUGCUGAAGACCAAACUGAGGCUGGUCCAAGUCUGUCAAGUUCUAGUGAAGGAGCAUCCGGUAGAGAGACAGGAGGAUCAGACAGAGCUCCUCCAGACAUGCCAGCACAGAAUCCACAGCCGAGAGCAGACCCUAACGUGCAGGAACAACAACAACAGGAACCCAGAGGCCAAGACCCACCUCCAAAUAAUAAUCCACCAGGACAGGAAUGGGGCAGAAUUAUAUUUCCACAGAAUCCACCAUUAAAUUCAGCCCCAAGCGCUGCUCCCAGACCAGAUGAGGAACAGGUACCCAGGGGUGUUCCUAGAGCUGACCCACAGGGUAACUACAUGCCUCGCUAUCCUAACUAUGCUGUCCAGGCCACCAGAUCAGACACCUUCUUACACGGCUGGCCGGCAUACCUCAACCAAACACCAUAUGAAAUGUCGUCUGCAGGAUUCUUCUACACAGGUAAUGGUGACUAUUGUCGCUGUUUCUACUGUGGGGGAGGACUGCGUAACUGGGAGCCGGGUGAUGACCCCUGGGUAGAACAUGCUCGCUGGUUUCCACGAUGUCUGUAUGUACGUCAAAACAAGGGAGAUCGAUUUGUUAGACUUGUUCAACAACGGCAAGAAAAUAAUCGACAGAAUGAUCCUCGUCAGGAACCUGUUUUACAGCCCCCUCCAGCAAAUCCACAACCUCCACCUGUGGAGAGAAAUCUACUACAAGGGCAGGCAUCCCCUCGGCCAAACCAGCAGGGUCAACAGCCUGGAGAAAAGACAAAUACUCCCACUACAACUGGACAGCAAAGUCAAAGUCAGCAAGGAGCCACUGCAAGGCAGAACAUUGAACAUACAGAAUCAACAGUGGAUGAGAUGAGCCUUUCAGCAGUGGAAAGUUUGAAGGCGAAUGGCAUCAGUUCAAGUCGCAUACAAGAAGCACUGCAAAUAUGGAAGAAGCAACAAAAGAAAGCUUACAAGAUGUCUGAUGUCACUUCUGCAAAACUAAUGCAGAUUGUAUUUGAUCAAGAGGAGGAAGAGAACCGACGCCUGGCAGAAACAAACCAGUUAGCCUCAUCCCUGGCUCAGAGGGGUUUGGUUGCUGUUGGAGGAGAGACUUCGGAUGGAGCUGGGGCACAUUUCUCCGCAAUCACAUCUGGUGAUUCUACUUCUAAUGAUCCAGAGAUGACCGAGAGGCUAUCUCUUUAUACUGAGGCUGAGGAGAGGAAGAAGCAACUGAUGUGCUCGGUAUGUGGAGAAAAUGAAGUGACCAUAGCCUUCCUGCCCUGCGGUCACCUAGUGUGCUGUUUUCAGUGUGCACCGGCCAUGAUAAAAUGUCCGAACUGCAGUGAAGCAGUGAAGGGCAACGUUAAGGUCUUCCUCAUGUAGACCAAAAGCAUAAAGGUAUCGAGUGCAAAUGAGGAAAACAAAAAUGAUGCAUUUGACAUAUAGAAUUUGACAUAUAGAAUGGCAUAUAACUUGUCCAAAAACAAAACAUAUCUUACUUAUCUUUAAUAUCAGCAAAAUGACCAUAAAUGACACUCUAAAUUUUAUUGAAAUCCAUAAAUUUGUUCUGUUAGAUUGGCCCAAUUUUAAUUGGUAGUUGGAAAAGUACAUAUAACAGGGUAGAGUGACAAGUUGAUAACCUGUUUGGUUUCUGGAUGAGUUAUAUACCUUUCUAGAUAAAUAUAUAUCAAAAUCAUCAAAAUAUUUUUUCUCAUUUGCAAUAACUAUGGUACUCAUAGACCAAUCCUAUGUUAAUGUCACAGUCAUUUUCAUACAGGCUAACAUUACAGUAUUUUAGUGUCGCUGUCCUUAUGUAGGCCAAUACCGUAGGAGUUAUUGACAGCAGUAACAAGGGUUCUUUCUGGUAGGUUUUGAUCACAGAAUGUUUUGUAUGCUAGUGGUACUAAGAAAAAAGGUCAAGCCAAGGUCAAGGCCGACUUGUUCCGGAAGUGAGGCCCAGUACAGGGUAAUCCACCUGGAGGCGCGGCAAAGGGAGUGUAUACAUAUAUGUAUGUAAGGAUAAUUUGUACGGUAACUUUGAAUGUAAGUAAAAACGUUAAAUAAGGCAGUGAAAAUAUAGAAAUAAUAAUGUAAAUACUAGUAAGUAUGAAAGAAAGUAUGAUAGCCCUCUUGUAUGAGGACACAUGAUUGUGAAGAUGCUGAUCCCGGGGCUCCCCAACCUCGAAGGUAUCCUAAAUGUGCUGGGGAGGUAAAAUGUUUGGAAAAAAAAACCUAGUUCCUUUUAAAUAUAGAAACAUCUGUGAUAUUGCUAGCAUUUGAUCAUUAUUAUUGACAGUUUUUAUUGUUACCUGACUCGCUAUAUAAAUGCAUAUUAAUCAAUUUCGACUGUUUCCCAGACAAUUCACCAAACGAACUA